AUGGUGGAGAUGGUGGAGAUAGUGGGGAUAGUGGAGGUGGGUCAUUACAUACUACUCCCUAACCGUGCGGGUUUUGAUGAAAAGAACGUUGAUGCGAUCAGUAAGUGUAUGGAUAGUCCGGUUUCAGUGGUUUACUGUUGUGCUGAUCUGUUUCGGUUAAUGAUUAACGAUCUGUACAGCGAGUUUAGCUGGUCGUUGUACGAGGACCUUCGCAUGUUGGUUGGAUGGGGAAGGUUGUCAUCAACCAACUGGAACGUGAGGCUGUACCAUCUUCAACAAGCUGUCGGUAUGCAAAAGGAGGAUGCGUUUUCCAAGGACGAGGUUUACGAUGAUUAUGAUAAACCAUCUGAUGAAGAAUGGGUGAAGAUUCGGACGUUUUGUAGACUCGCUGGUGUCAUCUAUAAGGUUGCGGAGGAGAUUUUUGAGGGAGGGUAUUCGACGUCUAAUGUUUAUUUUCACCUUCUUGCGGAGCUGAAGGUGAUGUUGAGGGAAGAGGUUGAUAGUGGUGGUGAUGGUUAUUACUUUUUGGAGAAAGGUGAGAAGGUGUUGAAGAUGUUUGAUAAGUAUUGGGAUGAUAUGUUUCUUGUUUUGGCUACUGCUUCGGUGUUGGAUCCUAGGUUUAAGAUGAAGUACGUUGAUUUCUACUGCUCAAAGAGUGAUGAAGGGUCAAAAGCUGUGAGUGUUUUGGAGUAUCUACGCAAUGUGUAUGCUCGCUAUGCAGCUAAUGAUAUCUUUCAAUAUCUCAAGUUUGAAGGAGGACGUUCAAGAGAGUUUCAAGAAUCAGAACUCGAUUCAUAUCUCAAAGAGCCAGUUAUGGAGUGGAACAAAGACUUCAAAGCGUUGGAAUGGUGGAAAGAAGAGAGCCAAAAGUAUCCAAUCCUCUCACGUGUAGCACGUGACAUUCUCUCUAUACCGAUCUCACGUGCCACUUCGUACGAUGCUUAUGUUUCGGAGAUAAGAGAGCCUCCUGGGUAUGUUCUUUCUAUGGAUGCUAAAGCUGCUAACGCCAUGGUGUGCGGCAGAAGCUGGUUAUCGCUCAUACCAAUUUGA